AUGGGUGAUCCUGGAAGAUUUACCAUUCCUGUGUCUAUAGGAGGGAAGAAUGUAGGGCAUGCAUUGUGUGACCUGGGCGUUAGCAUCAACCUGAUGCCUUUAUCAGUGUAUCAAAAGCUAGGGAUUGGAGAAGCAAGACUAAUAACCAUCACCUUACGGUUGGUAGAUAGGUCCAUUACACAUCCUAAAGGCAAGAUAGAGGAUGUUUUGGUUCAGGUAGAUAAAUUCAUUUUUCCUGCAGAUUUCAUCAUACUGGAUUAUGAAGCUGACAAGGAAAUCUCAAUCAUUUUGGGAAGACCAUUCUUAUCCAUGGGGAGAGCUUUGAUCGACAUGAUUGCAGAUGAUUUGAAGAGUGAUGGAAUACAAAAGGAAGAGCUGUUGAACCAAAUAGAGAGCGAGCUAACCAGAAUUCUCAAGGCUGGAGACAAGGAGGCCAAGAUGAUCUAA